GUGUGGUCGGUGAACUCCGCAGGCCGGACGCCGAGUGCCUGGUCACGCUGCCGCACGGGGCCGGCGCCUCCCGAGGGCCUCGGGCCCCCCCUGUUUGACACGGUGGCGUCCACGGUGGCUGUGGUGAACAUCAGCCCUCCUCUUAAGCCAAACGGGUUAGUCAGUAUCUACAGGCUGUUUUCUAAUGAUACCAGAGGCACCAACGUAGUGCUCUCAGAAGGGACUGCCACCCAGCAGACAAUACAUGGGCUAAAACCAUUUACCACAUACACCAUUGGUGUGGAGGCCUGCACCUGUUUCAACUGUUGCAGCAAAGGACCCGUUGCCCAAAUCACCACGCAGCCAGCACCACCCUCCGAGCAGCCGCCUCCGCAGAUCCGCACCGUGACCUCCAGGAACGCCUCUUUCCAGUGGAGCGCCCCGCAGUCCCCCAACGGCAUCGUCACCAGCUAUGAGCUCCACGUGUAUAUGGCCUGUCCCCCGAAUCUACAGCCUGCAGUAAAGGCCUGCAGUCCUGGCCCAACUGAAGUGAAGUAUACAGGAAAAGGACAGAGUGCCAACGUGUCCAACCUUGAGCCUUACACAACGUACAACCUGAGAGUCGUGUCUUACAAUUCUGUUGGCAGCAGCGCCUCGGAAUGGGUUGGCUUCACUACUGAGAAGGAGCCACCUUGGUACAAGGCUCCCUUCUCAGUUGUCAGCAAUUUAUCUACCAUCCACAUAGACUGGAGUCGAACAUUUGUAUUGAACGGACGCCUGAAGGAGUACGCGUUGACUGAGAAUGGGCAGCGCAUCUACAGCGGCUUUGACACGGAGCUGUAUUUACCACGGACGUCUGACAGAACCUUUUUCUUUCAAGUGACCUGUAUCACUGAUGAAGGGACUGCCAAGACACCAGUCAUCAAAUACAGCACUGGAGAUGGGCUUGGUCUGAUCUUGACGACACCUGGCGAGAAGGACAAAGCAGAGGCCAAAAGUGCAAAAUUCUACAAUGAGCUGUGGUUUGCAGUGUUGAUGGUAGUUCUAGGUUUGAUCCUCUUGGCUAUUCUUCUCUCUUUAAUUCUUCAAAGGAAGGUCCACAAGCAACCCUAUGCACGAGACAGACCUCCUCUGGUUCCACUGCAGAAGAGAACAUCACCAAUGAGCGUCUACUCAUCAGGCGAAACCCAUGCGUUUGAGACUGUUGCGGACACAUCUGAUUCAUCCAGCAGUGUCACGCUCAAGAGUUACACGAUGCAUUUGGAGGUAGAGUUGUUGAGUGGUUGUUAG